GCAGUUUAGACAAGUUAUGAAUUAGCGAGCGCGUGCUGUAAGUUCAUAUCUGACUAUCAAAGAAGUUGAAGACGUCGGCACUUUCUACAAGUAAUCAAUUCAAUUUUUAAGGAAGUUAGUCGUAAAACUUUGGCUAGUAAGUUAACUGUUUUUUUUUCCUGCAUCCUGUUCAGCACUGGGAAGACGCCGACAUCUUUAAGGGAGCAGAGAUUUUUUAUUCCGGCUGAUCACUUCUGUCUCUUAUCGCCAUGUCAGUCGGUGACACGUCGGAGCACACUGGGCGAUUCUGUGUCUUGUCUUGGGAGCAGGUGCAGCGUUUGGACUCUAUUCUUGGCGAACCGGUCCCUAUUCACGGACGUGGAAACUUCCCGACACUUUCUGUUCAACCCCGACAAAUCGUCCAGGUCGUGCGAACACGGCUGGAGGAGCGAGGCAUCACUGUGCGCGAUGUGAGACUGAACGGCUCUGCUGCCAGUCACAUUCUGCACCAGGACACAGGGCUCGGCUACAAGGACUUAGACCUGAUCUUUGGCAUAUCUCUGUCGGAUGACCAGGCAUUCCAUCUGGUUAAAGAUGUGGUUCUGGACUGCCUGCUUGACUUCUUGCCUGAGGGUGUUAGCAAAGAGCGCAUCAAUGCACUCACUCUGAAGGAGGCUUAUGUGCAGAAGUUGGUGAAGGUGUGCAACGACUCAGACCGCUGGAGUCUCAUAUCUCUGUCCAACAACACAGGCAAGAACGUGGAGCUCAAGUUUGUGGAUUCUCUGAGGCGCCAGUUUGAGUUCAGUGUGGACUCGUUCCAGAUUCGCCUGGACUCGCUGCUGCUCUUCGACCGCUGCUCCGAGACGCCAAUGUCUGAGAGCUUCCACCCCACUGUUUUGGGGGAAAGCGUGUAUGGUGACUUUCAAGAAGCUCUUGGUCAUCUUCAUAAUAAAGUCAUUGCUACACGCAGCCCAGAGGAGAUCCGGGGUGGUGGUCUUUUGAAGUACUGCCACCUCCUGGUGCGGGGCUUCCAGCCCAAAUCAGAGGCUGAGAUGAAAUCACUCCAGCGCUACAUGUGCUCCAGGUUCUUCAUUGACUUCCCAGACAUCGGAGAGCAACAAAGGAAGCUGGAGGCCUACCUGCAGAACCACUUUGUGGGCAUGGAGCACAAGCGCUACAACUGCCUCACCACACUCUACCAUGUGGUUAAUGAGAGUACUGUGUGCCUGAUGGGCCAUGAGAGACGUCAGACAUUGAACCUUAUCUCCAUGUUGGCGCUGCGGGUGCUGGCCGAACAGAACGCCAUACCCACUGUCACCACAUGUUACUACCAGCCUGCUCCUUACGUACGGGAUAUAAACUUCAGUAACUACUACAUAGCUCAUGUGCAGCCACUGGUUCACCCUUGUUCUAACUCCUAUCAGACUUGGCUGCCCUGCAAGUGACCCAAAGCUUCUGAAAAGAGAGAUAACCAUAAAAAAGACCUUGAAAGGAAUAGCUGUCCAACCCGACUUCUGGUGGAGUGAUAUGGGCACACAGUUCUUUUUCUCCCUUCUUGUUUUAGUCUUCUCAAUGAAAAUGAGAUUAUAAACAAAGACAUCCUGAAAUUAUUUUUCAGUAUACAUGAGUGAUGUGGACUAAUAAUUUACUGCUGUAUGUCUGACAUGAGCCAAUCCUAUUGCAUAUUUUCUUGCACUCACAGAAAUGAAUUUUGCUGACUGGAUAUGGGACAGUUGGUCUUUUUUCCAAUGUAGCAAUUAUGUCUUUGAUCUGCAGCAAUUUUUGUUGGCCUUUGGGACAAAAGGCUGUAUAUUUUAUGUAGUGUUAAAAAGUUAACUUUUUUUUUUGUCUGGCUGUGGUUCAAUCAAUCUAUGUUUUCUUCUGUUUAAAGGACCAAAGGCAUUUUAUUUUUAUAAGGGAAUGUUUCAAGCAAUUCCAAGUGCCUAAAAAUCCAUGUACAAAAAGAUGAGACCUUUGUGCUCUCAUGAUUUCGUGUAUCCUAUAUUUUCAGGGAUAGAAGCAUGUAUUUUCAUGUGAUUAAAAAAAAAACACCAAAAUCCA